GGACCGGGACCUCACGGAGGCCGGCUCACGAAACCCGACUGUCUCGCGAGUCGCCUGAGUUUAGUUCCGCCUACAUACUGCCGGGCUACAGCGCCCCUACUCUCCCCGCCUGGGGAAACGCGAAGCUGUGCGGGCCACCUUCCGGGAAGUGAGGGCAAGGGGCGACAGCGGCGCCGGAAUUCUAUACAGGCAGCGCUUCGGACACCUACCGUGACGUAAUCUCCGCGCGAGGUGGGGCGGGGCUCCACGGGGGCCUCACCCUGAAAAGACCCCCGAGGGGCGGAAGCCGUCAAUAGAGAAGCGGCGGCCCUAGGUGCCUUGGUUUCCGAUAAGACUGAAGACCAAAGAGGGAAAGUGAUCUCUCCAAAGUCACUAAAUAAUUGGUAGCGCUAAAUAAGAAUCUAAGCCUGUAACUGCAGAGACCAAAGAGCUUUCUAUUACACUCCUGGGAAAGAAAUACUAAGGUCUUUGUACAUUAUCUUGUGGGAGGAAAAUGCCUAAAGUCAAAAGAAGCAGGAAAGCUCCCCCAGAUGGCUGGGAGUUGAUUGAGCCAACACUGGAUGAAUUAGAUCAAAAGAUGAGAGAAGCUGAAACAGAACCUCAUGAGGGAAAGAGAAAAGUGGAAUCUCUGUGGCCCAUCUUCAGGAUCCACCACCAGAAAACCCGCUAUAUCUUUGAUCUCUUUUAUAAGCGGAAAGCCAUAAGCAGAGAACUCUAUGAAUAUUGUAUUAAAGAAGGUUAUGCAGACAAAAACUUGAUUGCAAAGUGGAAAAAGCAGGGAUAUGAGAACUUGUGCUGUCUGCGGUGCAUUCAGACUCGGGACACCAAUUUUGGAACUAACUGCAUUUGCCGGGUUCCUAAAAGCAAGCUGGAAGUGGGGCGCAUCAUCGAGUGUACACACUGUGGCUGUCGGGGCUGCUCUGGCUGAGGCCAUAGGCCUGGCCCCUCUCCACCCUGGACUUUGGACCUUGCAGGCUUCUGCAUAUCCUGCCACGGCUUCUUGGGAACAGCUCUUCUCAGCAGUGCCUCAGGCGUGAGUUGGAGCACCUCUACAGGUGAAGGCUUUGGUGUUCACCAGAUGUGAUUUGUAAAAAUAAAACGUUGAAACCUC